AUGGAGAAAACAUGCCCUAAUCUGUUCGAUUUUACGACCUAUACAAAGCAAAACAUCUGCGACAACACGUUAGACGAUGCGCAGCUGGUGACACGGUGUCCGCUUGACAAAGGGCGAUUCACCGACGCGUCCAACCCCCCGCGUUAUUCCGCCGGCCAACUCGACCAGCUUCCAGCAGAACUUCUCAUCCAAGUCCUGCUGUACAUUGACCUUCCGUCGCUUACUCGUUUCCGCCGCGUCAACCGCCGCGCGAUGGAACUCGUUGACUCGAUCCCCCAGUACGACGCCAUCGUCAAGCAUUGCCCUAACAUCAUCCGCGCCAUUCUCAGCAUCCAGGCAGACGCAUUUGACUGCGAUGUACUGUACACAACUCUCAGCACAACCCGAUGCUCCACGUGCGAGCGCUUUGGUGACCAUCUCUAUCUCAUCGACUGCCGUAGAGUAUGCUACUUCUGCUUCACCCGGCGGCUGGAAUACUUUCCCCUCACAAUCGGCCGCGCAUCGAGUUUCUUCACUCCCGACGGGACGCAGCAGCGCAGUGCCAUCACCAGCCGCCAACGCUUACAUGCGGCGAAUCCCCCAAGCAUCCUGAGCCUGCCCGGGCGGUACUGUACCGCCUGGACCAGUGAAGGGGGUAAUUUGGUACGAAAGCGGCUUCAACUCUUCGACCGGCAGGCAGUGAUUCAGGACCUGACGGGUUCUGGUCUUCCAAAGUUAGACAAGACCACUAGGGAACCUCAGCGGUUCAUGGCCAUCAUCACCGCACCGUAUCUGUUUGAUUCUGGCCGUCAGGCCGACUGGGGAUGCUUCUGCCUUGGCUGUAAGGAGGAGAAGGAGGAGAAAACGAAGCAUUUUAGGAUCAAAUACACAAGAGAAGAGGUGUCGGAGCACAUUGCGAGGUAUGGACCGGUGAGGGAGAUGCCAAGAAUACCCGGUAGGUUCAUGCAUGUCACUCAAGUCUGA